AUGCCUAGAUCGUGCUGCAGCCGCUUGGGGGCUCUACUGCUUGCCUUGGUGCUUCAGGCCUCCACGGAAGUGCAUGGCUGGUGUCUGGAGAGCAGCCAGUGUAAGGACCUCACCAGGGAAAGUAACCUGCUGGCCUGCAUCGGGGCCUGCAAGCCCAACCUGUCGGCGGAGACGCCCGUGUUUCCCGGCAACGGCGAGGAGCAGCCGCUGACCGAGAACCCCCGGAAGUACGUCAUGGGCCACUUCCGCUGGGACCGCUUCGGCCGCCGGAACGGCAGCAGCGGGCUCCGGAAGCGCGAGGAGGAGCGGGUGGCGGCGGGCGACGGCGAUGGCGCCGGCGCCGGGCCGAGCCCAGGCGAGGGCAAGCGCUCCUACUCCAUGGAGCACUUCCGCUGGGGCAAGCCGGUGGGCAAGAAGCGGCGCCCCGUGAAGGUGUACCCCAACGGCGCCGUGGACGAGUCGGCCGAGGCCCUGCCCUUCGAGGUCAAGAGGGAGCAGGCCGGGGAGCCGGCGCUCAGCCCCGAGGGCGCGGCCGCCCGAGCCUCCCUGGAGUACGGCCUGGAGGCGGAGGCCGAGGCGGGGCCGCCGCUGAAGAAGGACGAGGGGCCCUAUAAGAUGGAGCACUUCCGCUGGGGCAGCCGGCCCAAGGACAAGCGCUACGGCGGCUUCAUGACCUCCGAGAAGAGCCAGACGCCCCUCGUGACGCUGUUCAAAAACGCCAUCAUCAAGAACGCCCACAAGAAGGGCCAGUGAGGGCGCGCAGAGGGGCUCCCCUCCGCGGGAAGGCGACCCGCAGCCCCUGCUGGCCGCUGCGCCCCAGCCCGGUGGGCCACUCGCGCAGGCGGGAGCGGCAGAUGGUCGUCCUGUUGCAGCUGUCUGUAGUUAGCAAAUAAAACCUCUCGAGUUGCACAUCUGCCUCUGACUUUGAGUGUUGACUGAGUGAAUGAAAUAGAAACACAUAUCCACCAACUGGAGAGCAGCAUAUAGUGGAGGAGAGACAGAACGGUUUCCGUGUGAC